CAUCUCCUGUGUACAAUCGACUGACUCAAUGCCAACAACAGAUGCCAUUUUAGCCAACUCAGAUACUGUGGUCAUAUCUGCCGCCUAGGUCGGCUCUACCGCUUCCACUCCUCCAUUCCCCUCGCCGUGUUCACUUAUCGCUGUGCUUCGAUCCAUGGCGUCCUCCCGUGAGCCCUCGGAGACUGACGCACUUCUGGCGCCGUCCACCCCCGCCGCCGUGCGCGUAUCCAUCUCUAAUGCCGACGACGACGAGAGCGACACGUUGUCCUCUGGUCAGGACGUGGUCGUCGAGGAUCCGCGCCGUUUCCCGGCCCUGGCGCGCACGGCCUCCGCUCUCCGCUCUCCAUCCUCCAUCCUGCGGUCACCCAUGCCGCGUUUCACACUAGACGGUCCUCGUUUCCCGAGCUGGAGAGUCAACAGUCGCAGCGCCAUGCCGCAGGUCUCGCAGUUCGAGUCGCACGUACGCGAGCAGUACCCGACUUACGGCGUGCAGCGCACACACUCCUUCCCAAGCGACCUGUACUCUGGCGCUCGGUUCUCUCGCUUCGAGAUCGAGGAAGCUCUACGCCAACGCAAUGGCACAACACUGCUGGAUUGGCUUAAAGGCAAAGGACGCAACCCGUUCUCGGCCGCUACUCGCAAGCAGGAGCAGAAAGAAAAAGACAAGGAGAAACGAGCCAAGGCGCAACACCGCGAGUCUUACAGCUACGACUUCUUCGAGAGCAGAGUCAAUAUGCAACACGACCAGGAACAGACCGAGAGCGCCAUCCGCUCGCUCAACAUCGCGCGUUGGGUUAUGACGUUCGGUGUAGGCCUAGGAACGGCCCUCGUGGCCUGUUUCGUUGAGUUCUGGACGUCUUUGCUGUCCACGUUCCGUACCGCCACAAUGGAAUCCCUCGUAGCCGGCGAGAUGGCCGGAUCUCGCAGCUUUGGCACCGGAUACUUAGUCUACGCACUCAUUAGCGUCGGCUUUGUGUCUGUUGCUAGUUACUGCGUGGCAAUUCUGUGUCCCGUGGCCGGGGGAUCUGGAAUCUCUGAGAUUAAGGCCACACUUAACGGGAUUAAGAUUCAUCGCGUCGUGCGGCUUAAAACGCUGUUUUGUAAGGCGUUCGGCAUCCUUUUCAGUGUGUCUGGAGGGCUGCCAGUCGGGAAAGAAGGCCCUAUGAUCCACAGCGGCUCAGUGAUCGGUGCUGGGCUUUCACAGGGUAAAUCUUCGAGCUUUGGACUGGACACAAGCUGGACCAAGUUCAAGGGAUUCCGCAAUGACAAGGAGAAGCGCGACUUCAUCUCGUGUGGCGCUGCUGCUGGUGUAGCGGCUGCCUUUGGCGCCCCCAUUGGUGGUGUUCUGUUCGCAUUGGAGGAAGGCGCUUCGUUCUGGCAUCAGAACCUCACUUGGCGCACGUUCUUCUGCGCUAUGGUCUCUGCCUUUGUGCUCAAUUACUUCAUGUCGUUCAUGGAAGCCAGCGAAUCCAGUGGACCGACACCUGACGUGGGGCAUGUCUUCAUUGGUGGAACAUUAGGCACACAAACGGGAACAUUCACGUUCGGACAGUUCGCUGGCAGUAAGGCAUACGAAGUUCUCGAUGUUCCAGUGUUUAUCCUGAUGGGAAUGGUCGGUGGUCUAUUCGGUGCUGGUUUCAAUGGUGCCAAUACGGUAUUGACCAAGUUCCGCAAACGCUACGUCACCCACCGCUUCUUACGGUUCGGUGAGACGUUGUUGAUCGCGUUUAGUAUGGCCACAGCUUCGUUCUGGCUGUCGUACUACUUCGGUACAUGUCGUGAUCUUGCUGGAGACUACAGCGACUCACUGUCGCGGUUCUAUUGUCCUGAGGGUCAGUACAACGACCUGGCGUCGCUGUUCACAGUCAACUACGCUACUAGUAUGAAGCAGUUGCUGCACUUUACAGGUGACGCCAGCUUCACGCCGUUCUCGCUGUGUAUGUUCUUCGUGGUAUUCUACAUCUUCGCAUGCUGGACGUAUGGUAUCGCUGUGCCCUCCGGUCUGUUUGUGCCUAGUCUAUUGGCUGGUGCAGCUUAUGGCCGUAUCUGCGUCAUGAUCGUUCACUACUUGGGCUUCCCUGUCGGAGCUCAGGAUGGAAUGUUCGCGUUGAUUGGCUCUGCCUGUAUGCUUGGUGGUAUGGCACGAAUGACUAUUUCUCUCACGGUUAUCAUUCUCGAGUGCACUGGUGUGAUUGAGUGGGGUCUCCCCAUUAUGGUGUCGCUAAUGGCAGCUCGCUGGGUCGGUAACAGCUUCAACGAGGGUUUGUACGACAUCCACAUCCACCUGAACCACUUGCCGUUCCUGGAGUUCGAUCCUCCCUACUACGCCCGAUUCCUACGAGCCAUUAACAUCAUGAGCUCGCCACCCAAGUGUGUACCGCACAUCGCCAAGGUUGGAGAGAUCUACGACGUGCUCAAGAACUGCAACCACGGUGGCUUCCCUGUAAUUAUUCCUCGCAACCAAGAUGGACCCAUUUCGGGGGGUAAACGCAAAUCUCCUCGCUUCUCUGGGAUCAUUUACCGGCACCAUUUGGCCGUGUUACUUCAACGCAAGGACUUUUUCAUUGAGAAACCGGAGCCGUUUGUUCGCACCCCUGCUAGCGACACAACGCUGUUGUACAAUGACCAGUAUGCGCUAUCAUACCGUGACAUGGAAGGCAGCUACCCGCGAUACCCGUCAAUCAAUGACAUUCAACUGGAUGAAGAGGAAAGGGACUUGUGGAUGGAUCUCACGCCGUAUAUGAACCCAACGCCUCACACUGUUCAAGAGCAGACUCCAGUGCCGCGCGCCUUCCGUUUGUUCCGGUCGUUGGGACUUCGUCACCUCAUUGUGUUGAACCGACGAAACGAAGUGCGUGGAGUCAUCACACGGAAGGAUCUGACCCCAGCGCAUCUCAAGUUUUGCCUCGAGUCUUUGAGUGAAACGGAGAAACAGCGUAUUCAAGGGUAUUUCCACCGUGAUCGAGCUGGUUCCGAGCGAUUUGAGGACGUGGAGAAGAAACUCAUCAGCAUCAAUGACAACUCGUAAAGCCGUGGCCGGCGGUAGCGGCCUGGUCGAGCGCUGCUAUCGGUGGGUUCUCUACACAUAAACAGAGGGCCCCCAAGACCACAGACCACUGUAACUUUGUGCUUGACAAUGGCAAUGUGACUUGUUCAUAAUCCUGUAACUUUUUUUCCUGUUGAGUUGCCUAAAAAUAUUCUCAAGUGUUCU